AUAUAGCCGUAGUUUUGGUUUUGAGAGUUCAGUUUUGUAGCAGACUUUGUGCACAAAUGGGAUUGGCUUUGGUUGUGAUUAUUGCUUUCUGUAUUCUGGCAAACCAGAUGGCAGAACAUGCAGCCAAUCCGUCGUGCAUAAUUGGACCUCAUCACAAAGCGUCGCCAUCGCUUGAGCCCGACAUUAGAAAAGACACUGCAUGCAGCCGAUAUUCAAGCUUCUCUUGCUGCACAGCUAACACUUCGCACUCAAUUGACCAACACGGUGAUCGAGAGCUGUACAACUUCUACUGGGAUGACUGCGGUGUGAUAUCAACUGCAUGUGAACGCUACCUCAAAGCUGAAAGCUGUUUUUUCUCAUGUGAUCCAUAUAUUGGACAGUGGAAAGGCUCAGAAGUUUUAUCAUUGUCCGGUCUACCUAUAUGCGCUGCCUUUUGUGACGAUUGGUUUGAGGCUUGCAAAGACGUUCUUCUUUGUGCACAAAAUUGGAUAACAGACUUCAACCCUACAAUAGAUCCUGUAACCGUCCGUUUUCAUUGUGUCAACGAGACAUGUCGUACCUUUGCACAGUGGUAUCGAAACGGCAAGGGAAUGUGUGAGACCAUGUGGGGAGAUUCCUUUCAAUAUGAUGAAGACAACACUAAUUGCAUGGUAAUGCUAUUCACUGGUGGCAAUCCUAAUUCGAAUGUGAUGAAAGACGCAAGCGGAGCUGAGAGCGUUACACGCUGGCAAAGGAGUCUGCUCUUCUUGUUUGCAGUCUUUCCUUAUAUUCUUCUUCAGUUGUGAAGAAAAGAGCGCGGUUGGCCAGAAGUAACAGAGUGAAAACAUUAAACUGACAUGGUCAGAUAGUUGCUGUAGCUGGAAGGUUUUUUGUUAUGUGUAGCAAUAGAUGCUGUAUAUUGUGCAUGCAUGCAUGCACAUUAAUUACUCUUUCUGUC